AUGUCGGAGGGCGGCAGCGCGGUCAUCUUCCCGCAGUGUAAAGAGGGUUUCCAGGGCAUUCGUUGUGACCAGUUCCUGCCCAAGACUGAUUCCAUCCUGUCUGAUCCAAUGGAUCACUUGGGCAUUGAGUUCAUGGAGAGCAAGGAGGUGUACAAAAGACAAGUGAUGUCUAUCACAUGUAUUGCCAUGGGGAUCAGUUUUCUAGGCACCCUCUGCAUGGCUCUCUACUGUCGGAACAAAAGAAGAAGGGAAAAGCUCCAGGCACACUUGAAAGAGAGCCGUAGCCAGAAAAACUACAACCUCACCUCAUGCAGCCUGGCCCCUAAACCCAGCCUUAGGCCUCAGCAAAUCCUGCAGCUCCAGAAAUAUUAUAAACCCACAAGGUCCUCGCCACCACAUGGUCGAGAGUCUAGUUUCAUUCCGAGCACUGCUGCCGCUACCAGUCCACAGGGCACAUUGACAGGAAAACACCCCAGGAGCGGUUCCCUCUCUCAUAGUCCAGAUCAGAGGAGUCGUUCUGCUUUUCGGCCUGCAUCUCGCAGAACACCACCCAUGACCAGAGGAUGUCUCAAUGCCAUUGGUGGAUCAAGAGAUUCUGGUCCUGCCUACCAACAUCUCCAGGAAUUAGACAGUUCAGAAAGGGAGUCAGUGAGAAGGAACAUUUCCGGCCCUGGCAAUGACCUACAUCAAGAUUCCUUUUACAAUAUGCAACCCUCACAAUCCUCAAAAUCGUGGAGCAGCCAUUUAGACCACAGGUGUGCUAGGAGCCUCAGGUCAGGCGGCCCUAGCCAAAGUUCUCCUGCUCCCUACCAUCCCUGCUCUAUCCCAAUCAUUCCCUCUGUCCACUCCUACCAGGAUGAGGUCUCGUGUAUGCAAACCACCCCUACUGAUGGAAGCAGCCGUUCUAGUCCUCUGGAAAGCACAGCUGAUGCUUCGGCUGUCAGUCAACUGUCAAAUGUAAUGGUCUCCAACCGAAUGGCUGGUAGACGGGAGGAAGUGGCCUCACUACUCGACGAGGCUCAGGAACAACUCAGAGCACUAGCACAUGCCCAGAGGAAACAGGAGGACAUCAGUAGCUCUUUCCCUCAGGGGGCCAAAGAGACUGUGUGCAUCCUUUUAGCAAACGGGAGUGGACAAGGGGGAGUGGCCUCUUUUGGGCCCACAGAGACUCAGUUAGUGAGCCCCAGAGACAUGCACAAAGAUGCCACAAAGCCUGGCAAAUGAGAAGGAGCAGGACUAACAACAAAUGUCCAGUGUGUCUUGGGGUGUCAGAAUACUCUGCCAAAAUUGGGAUACCACUGAAAGCUACCAUUGAAUUUCUGAGGACCUGCUGUGAGUAGGAGCGUGGGAGAGUGACAGUCUGAAACAUGUGAAAAGAGAAUUUAUUUAUAUGCAUUUAUUUAAGGAGAAACUUCUACUUAGAAAAAGAAACCAAAUAGUCUGUCAUCUCCAUGGUGUUUUUAACUGUAUAAAAUAUACAUAAAUAUAUAUAAACGGAUAUAAAUAUAUGAAUUCAAACUGGUGACCAAGUACAAAAAAAAGGAAUAUGGGAAUAAGAAACUUUCUUUUGUAACGUAUCAGCUCCACAUUCUUAAAGACUCAAUGCUCGGUGGUUUAAAAAAAAAAAAAAGUACUAAAAAAAAGGAGUUUUUCCACUUGUUUUACUCAUUUCCAGUCAAGCUAUCUUCAAUCUUGUGUUUUGCACCUGCAGCAGCUGUGUUUACUAUCACAGUCCCAGUCACUGUCCUCUACCCUGCCAAGGAAAAUGGCUCCAUCUGCCUUUGAAAACAGUGGAACGUGGAUUACAAUUGGACUAAACUUCUAAACGCUAAUCUUAUCCAGGCAUGAGGUAACUGAUAGUUGAGCACUGCCUCCAAGACAUCGAUUGGAAGAAUUUGAUUUGUCCGUCCGUUUGUGGAGCAAUCUGCAUUUUGUUUUUCUGUGCCUCUGUGCGUUCACUCCUUCAUUUGGGUUCGGAUAUGAGGAAAGAUAAGCUAAUGGAACAGAGCACAUCAUACUGCACACCACCUGAGAUGCACAAACAGGCCGUCGACGCCUCUCUGGAUGGACCAAGGAGAUUCCUGCACGGGAUAACAGAGCAGGCUUGGCCAACACAAGGAGCUUCUGUGUGUGUGUUUUUUUUUUUUUUUCUUUUCUGUUCUUUUUGUUCUUAUGGAAUUAUCUGCUGCUUUCUGGGAGCAGCAGUCACUAUGAGUCUGUAUGCUACCUUUGAAUUGGGACAUAAUAUUUCUGUGAAUUAACAAACAAAUGUGGUAAGAAAGAGAAAUUAACCAUGAAUCUUUGGUGAAGAUGUUUCUUUGUUUCUGAUGGGGUUUUUUUUGUUUGUUUGUUUGUUUGUUUGUUUUUUAUUUUGUUUUUUCUGAUCCCCAAUUCACACAAUUGUGCAUGUUGAUGGUAUUGGUUUGCAGAACCAAGCCAUGUUGAUGGUAUUGAUUUGCAGAACCAAGCCAUGAUAGUUAUAAUGUUUUAUAGAAAAGCCCCACAAAGAAGAAACUGCAUAUAAUUGACCUGCGUCUGCUGAUUUCAACCAAAGUCCUGGUAUAACAACACAAGUGGUUUGAUGAGUUUUAUAAUUCAGUCCUAAGAGGCCCAUUUCUGAGAAAUGCUCAGUGACUGCAUUAUACUGAAUUGACUUUUUUUACGUGUUGUUGUUUCUACUCAAGCAUUUUUAAGACCUCCACCUGUAGUUUGGUUUUAAGACCUUCUUUAAAGCGCGUUGCAUUUGUCCUCCAUCAGAGUUUGUGUCUACCUUGCCAUCCAUAACUCAAGGCUGAGAUGAAAUGAAAUAUCUCCUGGUAAAGAAAGCAAGGUAAUGGUUAGCCUGUGGCAGAGAGGAGCUGUGAAGGCAGACAGAUAAAACUCUCACUUGAUCUUAUAACACCUUCCCCUGGCAAAAGCACUGACCUCAUCAGUGAAUUGCAGUGUCUAUCAAGAUAAACAAGCAUCCGAAGUAAUGUGACAGUAUUGCUGUAAGGGAAUUGUUUAUCAAACAAUUUAAAUUUUAAUAAUAGAAAUAGUACAUUGCAACUAUUAGUUGUCAGGGGUGAUUCUAGGAUUUGAGUUGGGGGUUUUCAGUUUGAAAUGAGCUGUUGGUAUACUGUCAUUUUUAUUUUUUAAAACAAUUAAAAUGGUAUGUUUGUUAAUAUGAGCAUUCAUUAUUUUUUUAUUAUUAUUAUUAUUCUAUGUUUGCUCACAUUAUGCAUCUCAUUUUAUUGGCAUGCAGUAGAGAAGCAGAAACAACACACAUGCAACAAAGAUGAUACCAUGCACAUUGCCACAGUGUUCUAAAAAAUGGUAGACUAAUUCAUAUCCAGGUCAUAUCAGCAGAUAUAUAAACUUUCCAUCUGUUAUAGCUAUUAAUGUUUAUUUUCAUUUGAAAUUGUGUCAGAAGGUUUCAGUUGAGCUGGACCAUAUUUUGUACACUAGUGCUUAAGUAUAUUCAAUUAUGUUUUUGCACAGUAAUUACAAUGUAUGGCAUUUUAUGCUGUCAUUAUUCCAGAAUGUAAGGUAUGUGACUUGAUGAAUUUAUUACAGAAGACAGUUUAUUACAAGACGUUUUGACAGAAAGUGCAAGCUGCAACUGUGCAAGAAGGUGUAACACGAGCACAACAAAACUUUAUGGUUCUGUAUAACAGCCCCUUGAUGUACUUUAAUGUGCAUUUUCAAAAUUGAGAAAUGAAAUUUCUGUUUAUUCUUGUAUGUGAGAAACUGCAUUAUUGAACUCCCAAUUGAAAUAGUAUUUUCUUUUUCUUUAGUUCAUUUUUUUAUUUUUUCAAUAAAGAUGAAUCUUCAGUGUUAAA